GCGCUUGAGGAUUGGCCGUUGUUAAGGGGUCUCGGUCGUGUCAUCCUCCAUGAAUCUAGGGAUUCCAGUCUCUGGAUUUGGGGUUCUCGUCUUCCACUGAACGUUGACUGACUCUUUCGCGAUGAAGAUGACUAUCUCCGAUUCGAUGAUGGAAGAGAGGCGUAUAGUGACGGAGCUGAUUAGCGAAGCCGAAGAUCAUCUGAAAGAGGGAAACUUGUACUUCGUCAUCUCUAACAGGUGGUAUACUAGCUGGCAGAUAUGUGUUGGCCAACUGACACAAGAGUCAUCAUCUAGUGGAGAUGUUACUAGGCCCGGUCCCAUUGACAAUCAUGAUAUUAUUGAUACCCAAAGUGACGCUAGUGAUCCCCAGCUUCGUAGGAUGCUUGAGGAAGGUGUCGACUACGUUCUUGUUCCUGAACAAGUUUGGAAAAAACUCUUUGAAUGGUAUAAAGGAGGUCCAACAAUACAGCGAAAGUUAAUCUGUCAAGGGUUUCAGAGGGAGAGCUACUGUGUGGAGGUUUACCCACUCUGUCUUAAGCUGACUGACAGUAGAGACGGAAGCAGUGCAACCGUAAGGUUGAGCAAACAGGCUUCUGUUGGUCAACUGUAUGAGAUGGUUUGUUCUGCAAGAGGUGUAUCAAAAGACAAGGCUCGCAUCUGGGACUACUUCGAGAAGAAGAAAAGCGUACUCUUGGAUCCUUCAUCUGAAAGAACCUUGGAGGAAUCGUGCCUUCAAGUAGACCAUGAUAUUCUUCUUGAAGUUGAUGAGCAUGCGUCUUCUCAAUAUGACAUGAGCUCGGCGGGAAAGGAGUUAGCUCUUGUACCUGUAGGGCCUGCGAGUACUGUGCUUGGUGAAGGGACCUUUUCUAGUGGUUUUGAGAAAAGAGAGAAGGGAGGCUUAAGAGGAUUGCAUAAUUUGGGAAACACGUGCUUUAUGAAUACCACUCUUCAGUGUUUGGCUCAUACGCCUCCUCUCGUCGACUAUUUCUUGAAAGAUUUCAGAGAUGACAUAAAUGAAGAUAAUCCUCUGGGAAGGAGAGGUGAGCUUGCGACUGCGGUUGGUGAGCUUUUGAGGAAACUGUGGUCUUCUGAACAAAAAGCAGUUGUGCCACGCCCUUUUAAGACAAAACUGGAUAGAUUUGCACCGCAAUUUAGCGGUUAUAAUCAGCAUGAUUGUCAAGAAGUGCUUUCUUUCCUAUUGGAUGGGCUUCAUGAAGACUUGAACAAGGCUAAACAAGAACCUUACACUGAAUCUAAAGAUACAGAUGGUCUUCCAGAUGAUGAAGUAGCCGAAGAAAAGUGGAAAUGUCACAAGGCUCGUAAUGAUUCCGUUAUUGUUGAUGUCUGCCAAGGACAAUACACGUCAACAGUUGCCUGCCCAGAUUGUGGAAAAUUCUCAAUCAAAUUUGAUCCCUUCAUGUACUUAACUUUGGAGCUGCCAACAAGUCACACUCGGUCAAUGACUGUCUCAGUGUUUUACGGCGAGGGUAACCGUUUUCGGACGCCAUACACAGUUACAGUUCCUAAAGAUGGUUCAUUGGGAGAUCUAAGUAAUGCAUUAGCCGCUGCUUGCCGCUUGAAAGAGGAUGAAAGCCUUUUAUUCGCAGAUGUGUAUGUUCACAAGGUCUAUAAAUAUCUUGGGAAUCCACUACUGUCUCUGAGUGAGAUAAAAGACAACGACCGUAUUGUGGCAUAUAGGUUCAACCAUAUCCACAGAGGACCAGGAAAAGCGACACUUGAAAUUCUUCAUUGGGAGCAGAAACAAGACGGAGAGAUUUCUGGAAAGUUAUUUGGAGUUCCCCUUGUUACUUUUGUCAACACAGAACGACAUAGUGGAAGUGACAUUGGUGCAAUUAUUUCUGGAUUGCUAUCACCUCUACACCGGACUCAUUCAUCAUCUGGAAGCUUAGUUGGUGAAAAAGAGUUAUCUUUGAGCGUCUUCUGGUUAGAUCGGUUUUCUUCCAGUCUCAAGCCACUUGAGUCCGAUUUUGUUCCGAAUCCUCUUGGUUCUACAAGGCUUGUAGUCAAGUGGGACGAGAAAGAGCAUGAAAAAUAUGAUUCGAGCAGCUACUUGAAUGAUCUACCUGAGGUUUAUAAAGCAACUUCCUCGGUGAUGGAAGAGGUUAAUCUGUUUUCAUGCUUGGAAGCCUAUCUAGCAGAAGAGCCUCUCGGACCGGAUGAUAGGUGGUUUUGUCGUGCUUGCAAAGAAGACAAACAGGCGAACAAGAAGCUGAACUUGUGGAAGUUGCCAGAGAUUCUUGUGGUCCACCUGAAACGGUUCGCCUAUACCAGACUUGUAAAGAGUAAGAUUGAUACGUUCGUGGAUUUUCCGAUUCGUGACUUGGAUUUAAGCAAGUACGUGAAGAACAGAGAGGGUGAGUCGUAUCUUUACGAACUGUACGCGAUUAGCAAUCAUUACGGUGGUAUGGGAGGUGGUCACUACACUGCUUAUGCUAAGUUGAUGGACGAGAACAAGUGGUACGAGUAUGAUGACAGCCGUGUUACAGCUAUAGAUGAGUCUGAGAUCAAGACUUCGGCCGCAUAUGUUUUGUUCUAUCGAAGAGUGAGAAGUGAGUCUGAGAAUGUGGAUUAGUUUGGAAAUUUCCCUUUGCAUUCUUCAGGAUUCAUGACCAAGUUUGCUGCUUUGCUCAAGAUUCAUUCAUUGAUUCUAAAGAUUGUUUGAUUAGGGCUUUUUACCUUGUUCUCAGCGAGGGAAAUUUUUUUAGGGAAACAGAUUGUAGAGUAUCUAGUUGGGUGGGGAUAAAUUGGCAUAUUGUUGUUCUUCUUACAUUUGCAAAGUGACGGUGGUUGACCAAUUACUACAAGUUAAUGUUGCAACAAGAUUAUUUGGUCUUGGUGGCUAAUGUUUACUGAUUUGAGACACAGCAAAAGCCGUUUAACACUUUGACAACUUCCACGUUAGGUUCAACUCAUAGGAAACAUAAAUGCUACCAACCGGAUGAUCAAACGAACAUGCACUUAUUAUUAUAUUAGACUGAAACAUCUCCCGUAUAUAUACAUAACCAAACA